CCGUUGUAGUCUCCUCAAACAACGGCCGGUGCCUGAAUUGGAGGUGCGCCCCUGUAAAUGGCAGUCCGGGCGGCCGGCGGGUGAUUGGGACCGCAGCUGCUUCAUCUCAUUCCCUACUUCCUUCCCCUCCAAGAGUCCAGCGACAACUUCAUCCUCGUUCUUUUCCUUCGCCCCCAUCUUCUGAAGCAGGUGAAUUUGCUGCAGCUCUGAAUGAAAGUUGAAUUUCCGUCGAAUCUCACAUAGUACUUGUCCAGUAACGAUUUGCAGAAGGCCGAACGCUUAUGUGGUCUUUAGAUUGGUUUUAGACAACCUGAUCUUGAUUUGGUCGGACUUGAACCCCGGCUCAUUGAUGAAGAAGAGUCCAGACCCGAAACAAUAACUUUCCCGCCCCUCUGAUGCUGCCUGGCCUGCUGUGUUCAUUCAGCUCCACACCUUGUUAUCUCAGACUGCAGCAUUGGCAGUUCCUACUAUCUCAUUCAGAGAUUUGUGGUACAGUAGGUAGUGUCCCUGCCUCUGAGCCAGACGAUUCUGGUCACACUCGAUAGCCACAGAAAAUGUGUUCAUAAUGCAGCUGGAUAGUGUUUGGGAGGACCAAAUAUUGAGCUUACAAGUUAUGCAUGAUCAGAACUACAGUUUCAUCAGUUGCUAAAAAGAAAGAUUGCAGUGUACUACACCGGAGAAUACAGAAAAAGGAUAGACACGACCGAUAGAUCUUGACCAUCACCCAAGGAACAACUACUGGGGGAAGGUAUCCAGUCCCUUCACAGCAUUGCUCAUCACAGAGAAGAUUGGGCAGUGAAACCAUCAUCUGGAAAUCGGUCGUGUCAGAGGAGCUUUGACUUAACAUCAAAUCUAAAACUGGUCAGUGGUGUAGAGCCUUCCAUCAGAACCAACCUUUCUGAAGGUUUAGCUGUGGCUGAUCAGUCAGAGUGAGGCUGGGAAGAAAUGUGAGUGGCUCCAAGGACGGUGAGAGCUUCCAUCAUUCAUCGAGCCUCAUGAACUACUGAUUCAUUCAGUCAGAGAUUGUUUGAAUGUGAACUGUGUGAGGAGGGCUUCACAGAUUCAUCAAAUGUCCAAACAUUCAAGUUGCAUUUGUUUUGUAAUUGUUAACACAAAGUCAGCUACAUGGAACAAAAACCCUUCAAAUGUGAGGUGUGUGGUAAAGCUUUUGUUGCCUCUUCGAGCCUGCUGAGACACCAGAGGAAUCAUACCGGGAAGAAACCCUUCAAGUGUGAAAUUUGUAAGAUGGCUUUUGCCCAAUCCUCGGAUCUGUUGAAGCACCAGAGAAUUCAUACUGGGGAGAAACCAUUCACAUGUAAGGUGUGUGACAAAUCAUUCUCACGAUCUGAGAACCUCCAGACACACCAACGCAUGCACACUGGGGAGAAACCAUUCACAUGUGAGGUAUGUGAUAAAUCGUUUUCAUCAUCAUCUGAACUCCGAGUACACCAACGUAUUCACACAGGAGAGAAGCCAUUUACGUGCAAGGUUUGCAACAAAUCAUUCUCGCAGUCAUCGAACCUCCGCGCACAUCAGCAUGUUCACACAGGGGAGAAACCUUUCUUGUGCAAGGUGUGCGGCAAAUCAUUCUCAGACUUAGCAGGACUUUGUAUACACCAACGCAUUCACACUGGGGAGAAACCAUUCACAUGUGGGCAGUGUGACAAGUCAUUUUCACAAUCAUCAAACCUCCAUACACACCAGCACAUUCACACAAAAGAGAAACCAUUUAAGUGUGAGGUUUGCAAGAAAUCAUUCUCAAGAUCAUCACACCUCCUGCUCCAUCAGAGGGUUCACACAGGGGAGUAAAUAUUCAAACAUGAGGUUUAUAACCAAAUUUUAGUAACGUUUUUGCUUCUGGGAUGCAUGCAGAUUUGAAUGGGAGAAACUUCUCAGGAGUGAUGUAUGUGACAAAGCUUUCACACAGUGUCUACUCAGCUCCAUCAACACACACACACACACAUACACACUCAGGGGAGAAACUCUGUCAGUUGUUCAGUCUGCUGGAACAUCAGCAAACACAACAGGGUAACCAGUAAGUGACAAGUCAUAUCAAUUAACUGUUGGAUUUGUGAAUUGUCAAGCCAAGUCCUGUUAUCAAUGUGUAACGGUGUACACAGUCUCACAUUGCAGGGUGUUCAGUGGGACUGGGACACAGAACAAGAAGCAGCUCUCACUCCCAUCAAACACCUAGUGAUGACAUCACCAGUGCUGAGGGAUUAUGAUGUCAACAAUGGAGCCACCCUGCAGUGUGAUGUCAGUGACACAGGACUUGGAGUAAUCCCCAUGCAGUGAGGGCAACCCGUUGGGUUUGUAUUCACAGUGUUAACACACACUGAACAACAAUGUGCACAAAUGGAGAAAGAGAGUCUGGCUGUUGUCUUUAUUUGUGAGCUAUUCAACCAGCACCUAUUUGGAGAGAUAAAAUAAUGGUUGUCUCUGAGCACAAGCCAAAUCAAAGCAUCUUUCUCCAAUCACUUCUAUCUGGUCCACAGUGUUUGCAAAGGAUGUUACUUCAUUUGCAGAGGUGAAAUACAACUAAUGAAAGCAAAACUGACAUACAGUCGAGAGCGACACUCUCUGAAGGAAGUUGAUGCUGAAAUAAACUGUGAUAUUAUCCAGAUUCAACAAGAAACAACAGCACAACAUGCUCUGAAAAUCACGAACAUAACAGACAUUUAAUCUGAUAGACAAGAGUCUUGCUCAGAUGAAACCAACUACACAUCAAAUCACCAAGCUAAACAAGAUAAAGAGCUACUCAAGACUCGUGACAGACCCUAACAGGCCAUGGAUGAAUCUUGGAAUACAGCUCUUCAUUCUCACUGGAACUAAUCAUCUUGUCACAGUUGAUUACUAUUCAGACAAUGAAGAGUUAGAGCAGCUGAUGAAUGUCUGACAGCACACUUCAGUUGGCACGACUUACUUAACAUUGUGAUGAGUGACAAUGAUUUUAAUUCAUCAGUCAAGAAUUCCGAUACUUCAGCACUACACAUCAUCUCCACACUACCCCAGUGAAAAUAGCCAAAAACAUCAUUUAAAAAAUCAUCCAGUUCUGGCAAUGAUGUGUAGAAGGUAAUGUUGGAGUGGAGAAACACUACUGAAGACAUGACAAGUUGACAAGUCCACUACCUAAUGUCACUAUCCACCCAUACUAUUGUUUGAAAUGCUGAAAAAACUGAGGUGGAAAUAGGAAUGAGUUACAAGACCAAAGUGAGCCAACAACCAAAUUUCACUUUGGUAAAGCUGCCAAAUCCAGGGCUAAUUGUUAGGGAGCCAGUCAGAAUACAAACAUUUCAAUGCACUUCAUGGGAAUCAGCUCACUUGACACUAGGGACCUAUGGAGAGAAGGUGUCACCUCAGUUUUAGUAUAGAACAACUGAAAAUCCAGAUCCAUCAUCAGAACUGCAGUCAUCUAUGUGCAUUGUAGAAGCUGUUCCUUCAAACGGGUAACUAAUGAAACAGUUCAAUGACUGACUGAGCACGAAACUGAACAAUCGUCACGAAGGUCAAGUGUUUGCCAAUAAAUGCAACAAAUGAGCAGCAACAGUUACCACAGCAACAUUCCAAGAGAAUCACGAGCAGACACCAGACGAACAGCCAAAUUCCACGCACAACAUAAGAUCUAUCAAUGCAGGAUCAUUUUCUUUAUGGAAUCUGUAUGUGAAGUAACUUACAAGCAAGUGUAUGCAUUUCUUUUGAAAUGAAUAGCAGAAUGUUUGAAUAAAUUCUACACUCUUGAUUUGAAUUAUUGUUGUCACGUACCUAAGGUACAGUGAAAAGUUU